UUGCAGAAAGAAGACAUUGACGAUCGAUUUAAUCGCCUCUUCGUCGGCGACAAAAAUCCCUACUUACUUGCUGACGAAGAGGGUCGACGUUGGGUGAUCUGUCUGAAGCAGGAGUACCGUAACAUGCUCGCCGCUACCCAGCAUCUUGCACGUUCAUUAGGCUUGGACUAUUCCGGAUUUCCCUGUUCUGAGCAGCGAUACGUGCUUGCCGACGCUUUUCUAGCCGGUUUGGCGGAUUGCCUUCAAGGAGAGGCGUUGAGUGAAGCUGGAGCUUGGCUUGCUGCCCUCGGCAAACACCUCCCUGAAGAG